CCGGAGUGCGUACCGCCUCGGGAUCAUAAUUCGUUGUGAACCUAUGGAACUGACCAAACGCACUGAACGGAUGGAAGAACGGUUACCAGAACGAGUGAUAGUGAACCAGUGAGUGUUGCAAUCCCUCCAGUGAGGAUUGCCGAGUGACGAACGAUGAAAAGCCCAUUCCCUUUGACGUGCUUCCUUCUGGCGGUCUCCUUUGCUUUUGAAAUACCAGACAGCUACAAAAAGCCGGCCAAAAUGUUGCACGAAAUAUGUGUUGCUGAAUCGGGCGCCUCGGAAGAAAUGCUCCGGCAGUGUCUGGAUGGAACGGUGCACGGUGAUUCGGCGGUGAAGUGUUACAUCCACUGUCUGUUCGAUAAAAUCGAUGUCAUUGAUCAGGAUACGGGGCGCAUCUUCUUGGAUCGACUGUCGUAUCUGCUUCCGGACGACAUACAGGAAACGGUAGCCCACCUCACACGGGAGUGCAGCCACAUUGAAACGGCGGACAAAUGCGAGACCGCUUAUCAGACGGUGAAGUGUUAUUUCAACGCACACGACGAGGUGAUCAAAUUCUGUCACCUUUUAAUGCUGGAUUGAACAGAUAUUCGCCACGAACACGAUAAGGAUGUUACUUUAUUUUGAUUUUAUUAUUAUUAUUGUGAGUAUUUCUGGGUAAUCAGGUAUCGUUUCAGCUUUCGUAUUUCAUUGUAAAUUCCAAAAAUGGUGAAUGAUAUCAAUAUAGAAUAAAUACCAGCGCAUACAGAGCCAAAAAUAAAAUAUCUGCGUCUCUUGCCCUUUUGCAAGGUGUAGCAAAAAGUUAUGAAUAAA